AUGCCGUCGCACCUCAUCACCCUGUAUGACAUCCAGUGCAAGCUCGACUCCACCGCGUGGUCGCCGCACACCUGGCGGACGAGGUUCAUCCUUAACUACAAGAAGCUGCCUUACCAGACGACAUGGAUGCCGUUGCCCGACGUCCAGACGGUCCUGCCCGCCGUCGGUGUGCUCCCGACACGCGCUGCGGUGCCGCACUAUACCGUUCCGGCCAUCGUGGACGAGCUGGAGGGCAGCCCCGCCGUUGUGAUGUCCGACUCUGGCCUCAUAGCGGACUAUCUCGAGCGGACGUACCCCGAGCCGUCGAUAUACCACGGCGCGAAGGCGCUGCAGACGGAGCAUAUGGGUGCCGUCAGCCAACACGUGCUCAGCAGGAUGGGCUUCAUGGUCUUCCCGAACACGCCCCGCCUCCUCGAGGGCCGGGAAAGGGAGUACUACUUGAACACCCGCAAGGGAAUAUUUGGUGUCGAGCUGGAUGAUAUGUUCCCGGAGGAGCGGCAGGAGGAGAUGUGGGCGAACCUGAAGGAGGGCUUCGCCGCACUGGGCGCGUACAUUGACGGUAUCGAGCACAGCGAGCAGUGGUUCUUCAGCAAAACAAGCGAGCCUGGGUACGCGGACUUUGUCCUCGGCGCCACAAUGAUUUGGUUCAAACUCUCGGGGCCAGAGAAGGGGUGGGAGAGGAUCAGCGAGUGGGACGGAGGGAAGUGGGCCCGCUUCUUCCGGAACCUCGAGCCGUACACCGCGAGUUCUGUGAUCGAUUCGUCUAGUUAG